UUAUGCAGAUUUAUUUAUAUUUUAUUGCGUCCGUUGUCUGUCAAUGGAUAUGUGUGCAGGCGGCUGCCAAUUAUUAUCCCGCCACGCCUCCUUCUGUCGUGGUACAUGAUGACACCUUCCGGCCGGAUAUUAUACUGCGGGUGUCCGGAGUGGUGCUGGCGGUAGCCGACUGUACGAGCCGGUAUUCCAGUGUGGUUAAUGGGACGGCGCCCGGUCCGACGUUGCGGUUCAAGGAGGGCGAUCGAGCGUGGAUACGGGUGUAUAAUGAUCAUGACAAUGAGAACACAACCAUACAUUGGCAUGGAUUAACCAUGCGCACAUCCCCGUUCUCAGACGGCACACCCAUGGCCAGUCAAUGGCCCAUCCCGCCCCAUCACUACUUCGACUACGAAUUCCAACUGCAACCCGGCGAUGCCGGCACCUACUUUUAUCACUCCCACGUCGGCUUCCAGGCCAUCACCGCCAGCGGCGUUCUGAUCGUGGACGAGGCCGAUGGCAAGAAACCUCCGUACGACUACGACGACGAACUGAUCAUCCUCUUCUCCGACGUCUACUUCCAGAACGACUCCUUCAUGUUGAACGAUUUAACCAGCCGUCCGUUCACGUGGAGCGGUGACCCGGAUAACGUGGCCGUCAACGGAAAAUCCCGCUCUCUUAACGCCACACAGGAGCAGCAAGGCUCUGGGUGUGAGAUGGCCGUGCUGGAUGUGGAGCCGAAUAAAGCCUACCGGGUGCGGUUUAUCGGGGGUACGGCGUUCUCUCAAGUAUACGUCGCGUUUGAGGAACACGCAUCGUUAGUACUGAUCGAGAUUGAUGGGAAGUACGUCAUGCCGCACGUGGUGGAUCAUUUAGAAGUUGUACCCGGACAACGUUACAGCGCUAUUCUGUUCACGAAAACUGUUCAAGAAUUAACGGGAGCCGAUGGAAAAAUCCGGGAUCGCUUCUGGGUACAACUGGAAACCCGGUCACCGGACAAUGAUACAACAGCGUACGCGAUUUUACAUUAUAAGGUUAACUCCAACCCGGUGGACACGUUCACACUGCCGGCAACGAAACCGUUGACCGUCGCUAGCGAAACCUUCACCGGUGGUUGGCUAGAGGAUAAAAUCCAGAUGUACUAUCCCGAUCCGGGGAAUCCAUUCCCGCGGCUGGAAGAGGUCACCCGGCGGAUCAUUGUCAACGUCCAGGAAAUUGUCACCAACGGGUCCAUGGGGAUCGGGGCGUUUUUCGAACAGUCCGGCUCGCCAUGGUUCGAAACGAUAACCAACACCAUGGAACCGUAUCUCGUGUCGUUAUACCGGAAUAACACGGCCAACUUCCCGAACUACGAGAGGGCGCUGGCCAACGGCGGUUUCGACCCGGUGACCAAGACCUUCCCGGCCAAAAUGGGGGAGGUCCUGGAGAUUGUGUGGUACCUGAUUGGGAAUAAUUUCACCGGGACGGUGGAGUCGCAUCCCUGGCAUAUGCACGGGGAUCAUUUUUACGACUGCGGUACCGGGAAUGGGACGUACGAUCCAGUGGCUAAUGAGGCGCUGCUGGUGGCGCGACAUGGGCGGAUCACGCGGCGGGAUACGUCGAAUAUAUACCGCCCGGCACCGUCGGACCAACAGACGUUGGGGCCGGGGGCGGUGUAUAGUUGGCGGGCCAUGCGCAUCCGGGUGCAGAAUCCCGGGGUGUGGAUGAUCCACUGCCACGCCCUGCAGCAUAUGAUUAUGGGCAUGCAGACGGUGUGGGUGUUCGGGGAUGUUAAUGAUGUCACACCGCUACCGAAGGAUUUAGUAGACGGGUAUUUUACGUUUGGUGGAGCGGCGUACGGGAAUGCCAGCCGUGCGCCACGGGUGCUGCAUUACUGGCAUGAUUAGAUUUUUGUGAAUGGCUGCUUUCUCUGUGAUUAUGACUCUUUAUGAGCAGUA